AUGAACGAGACACAAAGCAGUGGAACUGAACAACAACAAAUUUCAUCACAGGUUGAAGAACAUCUUUUGGACAAUAUUAUCGUUCAUGAUUCGCAACCCUCAUCACCUCAAGAACCUUUGCUGGCCCGCAAACCAGCUAAACGAAGAGCAGUAUGGUCACCGAUAUCGCCAGAUACUUCUGAGGUGUUGAUUCCAACAUCUAGUAUAGAUAUUCCAACUAAUAUAUCAUUUGCUUCAGCACCAGGAGCAACAUCAAACGAACACCAAUGA